AAACAUUUAUUGGAUACGUUGACGUCAAAUCAGCGCCCGUCUUACUUUUUCGUUUACCGCUACUGGGACUGGAACUAAAUUCACAGGCCAAUCACGUUCAACGCCGAAAUUCUCAACAUCGGCAGGGCCAUGAAUAGUCAAACGGGCAAAUUCGUAGCUCCUCGAGCAGGAAAAUACUUUUUCUCCGCAUCGGGAGUCGUGCGCUUUCCGGCUUCGUCCGACAAAUCCAUUUUCACGCUGGAUCUCUUUUGGAACAACAGGCAAUUUGCGACCGGCGUAGCAGACGAGAGUAAUAAUAGCGCUGGCGGUCAGUCGGAAACCUUUUCGAUGAACGACUAAUAAAGUAACGUCGCUCGAAGCCAAGGUGGAACAACGGACGCUUGUCAAAGAGCGGGAAAAUCAAACGUAUUCCGAAGAUGACGGUGAAAAAAGUGGCAAUAAUGGUGACGAAACAUCACAGCAACAGAGAAAUUGCUUUCAGUUAAAAAUAGCCGACCCUUCGCUUUUUUUCUGGAAUGCACUGGAUCGAAAACGAAUUGAAAGUUUCAAUUCGUUUUCUAUUUGAAACGAACUGAAAAUUGAACUGAGCUAUCCAUAUGCUGGGCGGACUAUUUUACCUGUACGAUUUGGGCACAAGAAAACAGCUUGAAACAUAUAUGCUUUGUUUUAAUACGGUCGUUGAACUAAUUCACAACACCACACAGUGAGGCACAACAUCUGCGGAAAUAUUGACGCGACGGGGUCAUAAAACUCGCCGUAAUACAGUAAUCGAUAGAAAAGAAAGGGACUUAAAAAAGACACUGCAGUAAUCCAUGAAAAAAAAAAAGUCUUUCGUAGAUAUCCCAUCGAUUAACUCUUCAAUUAGCGAUAAACUAUGUCUCACUUUACAACCGCAACCAAAGUGAUGAUAGGUUUGCUGCUCUUCAGUCUUUGGUCGACUACUACCGCCAAAGCUCGCCUGAUUUCAAAAGAACUGCAACUACCAAGGGAAAACCUCGCACUUUUGAAAAAUCAACUCAUUGCUGAAGCACUAGAAGGAUGUGAAAUCAAAUUUCAAAUGUAUCGGUUUGGUGACCUUGUUGGACCUGCUAGCGGACCCUGCCUCGAGUGUCGAUGCGGUGCUGGCGGCGUAAUGGUGUGUGACCCACGUGAGUGCCAACCCGAGCCACGGUCAAAAACGAUAAAUGUUGACUUGUGA